GGCGCCGGGUGUGGCGCAGGCAGUUCCGUGGAGGCCGGGAGAUCGUUUUCCGUGGUUGUGUGUGAGCUGUUGUCACAGCCGUUUGACAAUGCAGAUCUUCGUGAAGACCCUGACGGGUAAGACCAUCACCCUAGAGGUGGAGCCCAGUGACACCAUCGAGAACGUCAAGGCGAAGAUCCAGGACAAGGAGGGCAUCCCCCCUGACCAGCAGAGGCUGAUCUUUGCUGGAAAACAGCUGGAGGAUGGGCGCACCCUGUCCGACUACAACAUCCAGAAGGAGUCCACCCUGCACCUGGUCCUCCGCCUCAGAGGGGGCAUGCAGAUCUUCGUGAAGACCCUGACCGGUAAGACCAUCACCCUGGAGGUGGAGCCCAGUGACACCAUCGAGAACGUCAAGGCGAAGAUCCAGGACAAGGAGGGCCCCCUGACCAGAGAGGCUGAUCUUGCUGGGAAACAGCUGGAGGAUGGGCGCACCCUGUCCGACUACAACAUCCAGAAGGAGUCCACCCUGCACCUGGUCCUCCGCCUCAGAGGGGGCAUGCAGAUCUUCGUGAAGACCCUGACCGGUAAGACCAUCACCCUGGAGGUGGAGCCCAGUGACACCAUCGAGAACGUCAAGGCGAAGAUCCAGGACAAGGAGGGCAUCCCCCCUGACCAGCAGAGGUUGAUCUUUGCUGGGAAACAGCUGGAGGAUGGGCGCACCCUGUCCGACUACAACAUCCAGAAGGAGUCCACCCUGCACCUGGUCCUCCGCCUCAGAGGGGGCAUGCAGAUCUUCGUGAAGACCCUGACCGGUAAGACCAUCACCCUGGAGGUGGAGCCCAGUGACACCAUCGAGAACGUCAAGGCGAAGAUCCAGGACAAGGAGGGCAUCCCCCCUGACCAGCAGAGGCUGAUCUUUGCUGGGAAACAGCUGGAGGAUGGGCGCACCCUGUCCGACUACAACAUCCAGAAGGAGUCCACCCUGCACCUGGUCCUCCGCCUCAGAGGGGGCAUGCAGAUCUUCGUGAAGACCCUGACCGGUAAGACCAUCACCCUGGAGGUGGAGCCCAGUGACACCAUCGAGAACGUCAAGGCGAAGAUCCAGGACAAGGAGGGCAUCCCCCCUGACCAGCAGAGGCUGAUCUUUGCUGGGAAACAGCUGGAGGAUGGGCGCACCCUGUCCGACUACAACAUCCAGGAGUCCACCCUGCACCUGGUCCUCCGCCUCAGAGGGGGCAUGCAGAUCUUCGUGAAGACCCUGACCGGUAAGACCAUCACCCUGGAGGUGGAGCCCAGUGACACCAUCGAGAACGUCAAGGCGAAGAUCCAGGACAAGGAGGAUCCCCCCGACCAGCAGAGGCUGAUCUUUGCUGGGAAACAGCUGGAGGAUGGGCGCACCCUGUCCGACUACAACAUCCAGAAGGAGUCCACCCUGCACCUGGUCCUCCGCCUCAGAGGGGGCAUGCAGAUCUUCGUGAAGACCCUGACCGGUAAGACCAUCACCCUGGAGGUGGAGCCCAGUGACACCAUCGAGAACGUCAAGGCGAAGAUCCAGGACAAGGAGGGCAUCCCCCCCGACCAGCAGAGGCUGAUCUUUGCUGGGAAACAGCUGGAGGAUGGGCGCACCCUGUCCGACUACAACAUCCAGAAGGAGUCCACCCUGCACCUGGUCCUCCGCCUCAGAGGGGGCAUGCAGAUCUUCGUGAAGACCCUGACCGGUAAGACCAUCACCCUGGAGGUGGAGCCCAGUGACACCAUCGAGAACGUCAAGGCGAAGAUCCAGGACAAGGAGGGCAUCCCCCCUGACCAGCAGAGGCUGAUCUUUGCUGGGAAACAGCUGGAGGAUGGGCGCACCCUGUCCGACUACAACAUCCAGGAGUCCACCCUGCACCUGGUCCUCCGCCUCAGAGGGGGCAUGCAGAUCUUCGUGAAGACCCUGACCGGUAAGACCAUCACCCUGGAGGUGGAGCCCAGUGACACCAUCGAGAACGUCAAGGCGAAGAUCCAGGACAAGGAGGGCAUCCCCCCUGACCAGCAGAGGCUGAUCUUUGCUGGGAAACAGCUGGAGGUUGGGCGCACCCUGUCCGACUACAACAUCCAGGAGUCCACUCUGCACCUGGUCCUCCGCCUCAGAGGGGGCAUGCAGAUCUUCGUGAAGACCCUGACCGGUAAGACCAUCACCCUGGAGGUGGAGCCCAGUGACACCAUCGAGAACGUCAAGGCGAAGAUCCAGGACAAGGAGGGCAUCCCCCCCGACCAGCAGAGGCUGAUCUUUGCUGGGAAACAGCUGGAGGAUGGGCGCACCCUGUCCGACUACAACAUCCAGAAGGAGUCCACUCUGCACCUGGUCCUCCGCCUCAGAGGGGGCAUGCAGAUCUUCGUGAAGACCCUGACCGGUAAGACCAUCACCCUGGAGGUGGAGCCCAGUGACACCAUCGAGAACGUCAAGGCGAAGAUCCAGGACAAGGAGGGCAUCCCCCCCGACCAGCAGAGGCUGAUCUUUGCUGGAAAACAGCUGGAGGAUGGGCGCACCCUGUCCGACUACAACAUCCAGAAGGAGUCCACCCUGCACCUGGUCCUCCGCCUCAGAGGGGGCAUGCAGAUCUUCGUGAAGACCCUGACCGGUAAGACCAUCACCCUGGAGGUGGAGCCCAGUGACAUCGAGAACGUCAAGGCGAAGAUCCAGGACAAGGAGGGCAUCCCCCCUGACCAGCAGAGGCUGAUCUUUGCUGGGAAACAGCUGGAGGAUGGGCGCACCCUGUCCGACUACAACAUCCAGAAGGAGUCCACCCUGCACCUGGUCCUCCGCCUCAGAGGGGGCAUGCAGAUCUUCGUGAAGACCCUGACCGGUAAGACCAUCACCCUGGAGGUGGAGCCCAGUGACACCAUCGAGAACGUCAAGGCGAAGAUCCAGGACAAGGAGGGCAUCCCCCCUGACCAGCAGAGGCUGAUCUUUGCUGGGAAACAGCUGGAGGAUGGGCGCACCCUGUCCGACUACAACAUCCAGAAGGAGUCCACUCUGCACCUGGUCCUCCGCCUCAGAGGGGGCAUGCAGAUCUUCGUGAAGACCCUGACCGGUAAGACCAUCACCCUGGAGGUGGAGCCCAGUGACACCAUCGAGAACGUCAAGGCGAAGAUCCAGGACAAGGAGGGCAUCCCCCCCGACCAGCAGAGGCUGAUCUUUGCUGGGAAACAGCUGGAGGAUGGGCGCACCCUGUCCGACUACAACAUCCAGAAGGAGUCCACUCUGCACCUGGUCCUCCGCCUCAGAGGGGGCAUGCAGAUCUUCGUGAAGACCCUGACCGGUAAGACCAUCACCCUGGAGGUGGAGCCCAGUGACACCAUCGAGAACGUCAAGGCGAAGAUCCAGGACAAGGAGGGCAUCCCCCCUGACCAGCAGAGGCUGAUCUUUGCUGGGAAACAGCUGGAGGAUGGGCGCACCCUGUCCGACUACAACAUCCAGAAGGAGUCCACCCUGCACCUGGUCCUCCGCCUCAGAGGGGGCAUGCAGAUCUUCGUGAAGACCCUGACCGGUAAGACCAUCACCCUGGAGGUGGAGCCCAGUGACACCAUUGAGAAUGUGAAAGGGAAGAUUCAAGAGAAAGAGGGCAUCCCCCCUGACCAGCAGAGGUUGAUCUUUGCUGGGAAACAGCUGGAAGAUGGGCGCACCCUGUCCGACUACAACAUCCAGAAGGAGUCCACUCUGCACCUGGUUCUGCGCUUGAGGGGUGGUGUCUUAAGUUCCCCCUUUUAAGCUGUUGACAAAAUUCAUUGCACUUUUCUUUCAAUAAAGUUGUUGCAUUCCAAA